GUUGUGUGUUCAUAAUGUAGUCAAAACAAAUACAUCUCUCUCUCUUGCUUUUUUUUUUUCUCUUUCCGACCUAAUAAAGUGAACUAGCACAUAAAGCCAGCAUACAAACAAUCUAAAACAUUCUUUCUUGCAAUAAGAACAGCUGCAGACAAAUUAAGGAGGUGAAUACGAUCCUUUCUUUCCCUUUCCCUCUCUCCCUCUCUCUCUCUCUCUAUCUCUGAAGUCAUCAGUUGCUUUUUUUCCUUCCUUUUCUUCUGAACUACGGAUGCUGCUUCAUGGCCACGGGGUUUGCAGGAUUUUAAACCGGUAAAGCCCAUGGACGAGAUGGCAUCUAAUUCAUGUGGAAGGCCUGGUGUAGAGAGAAAACCAAGGCCUCAAGAGCAAUUGAACUGUCCAAGAUGUAACUCAACCAAUACCAAGUUUUGUUACUAUAACAACUACAGUCUCACACAACCAAGAUACUUUUGCAAGACUUGCAGAAGGUACUGGACUGAAGGAGGAUCUCUUAGAAAUGUUCCUGUUGGAGGAGGUUCAAGAAAGAACAAGAGAUCUACAUCAUCGUCAGUGGCAACAUCUUCGUCUAAGCUCCCUGAUCUCAACCCACCAAGCCUCUCACACUUCUCUUCUCAAAACCCUAAGAGUACCCAUGAAGGUCAAGACCUUAAUCUGGCAUUCCCAGCUAUGCAGGAUAGUCAAGGUAUAUCUCAUUAUACUGAAGUGCCCAAAACUGAAAAUAGGAACAACAAUCAACAUAACUCUUCUUCUUCUCCCUAUACUUCUUCUCCAAUUUCAGCUAUGGAGCUACUAAGGAGUGGAUUUGCUUCUAGGGGUUUGAAUACUUUUAUCCCAACACCGAUGCCGGAUUCAAAUACACUUUAUUCUUCUGGUGGAUUCCCUUUGCAAGAACUGAGACCAACUCUGAGCUUUCCUGCUGAUGGGCUUGGAAGUAGAUAUGGAAUUCAAGAAAAUAGUGGGAGGCUUUUAUUUCCAUUUGGUGAGCUGAAACAGCUUUCAAGCACAACGUCUGAAGUUGAUCAAAACAAGGGACAGGGGGGUUCAAGUGGAUACUGGAAUGGAAUGUUUGGCGGAGGAUCAUGGUAAAAGAAAGAAGAAAGAGACAAAGAGACAAAGAAACUGCUUUAUCUUCUUUCUUUGCACUCCUUUUCACAUGCAUGGUAUUAGGUCACAUGUUGAAAGCUGUUCAUGACUAACAUAUAUAGGAUACAUAUGGUUUCUUUUUUGCUUUGCUUUAUAUCCCUCUCUUUACUCUUUGAGCAGUGUAACAAUUUUGAAGCUCAUUUGGUUUUUGGCUUCAAAAAGGGUUCUUACACAUAUAAUGUUGUCAAGAUAGAGGAAGAUUUGAAUACGAGUCUGGGUUUUCUCAUGGCAGUAUGGCUUGUAUUCAUAAAGGCUUCUAUCAGAACUUGCACCUGAAGUAUUAUUGUAUUGAGUGUCCAGAGUUGGUUCAGUUAAGUUUGCAAUGAGAAUGAGAUUUGGAAGAA